GCAGCCUGUAUGCACGCGCGCUUACUUCUCCAUCGUUGACACACGGGCGUGUUAUUUUAAACCGCAACACUGCUAUAAAGAAAAGAAAAAAACCUCGUUAUUUAGCAUCCAUUUCAUUCAGCAAUUAAUAACUCAGAGUCCACGUUGAAUUCAUACGGAUUAUUUAGUUAUAGCUGCAUGAGGGAAAACCGAGUGAUGGCAAUGUUUCUGACCAAGGAGAUCAUCUUCGUGUUUCUUUUCCUUGGCAGCGCAGCCUCUCUCCAAGUGAGCAUUAUACCUGCACAAGGAGAAGUCAGUGUCGGAGAGUCCAAGUUCUUUUACUGUGAAGUUGUCGGCGCAGUGAAAGGAAUCGACUGGUUCUCACCAAGCGGAGAGAAGAUUGAAUCCAGCAGGCAGGACAUUACAGUGAUCCGCAACGACGAGACAUCCUCUACGCUAACUAUCUACAAUGCUAACGCCGAUAAUGCCGGCACUUAUAAGUGUGUAGCCACCAGCGGAGACCAGCAAGCUGAGGCUACAGUGAACGUGAAGAUAUUCCAAAAAAUUUCCUUCAAAAACGCCACAUCACCACAGGAGUUUACCGAGGGCGACGACGCCGUCAUCGCGUGUGACGUGAUCAGCUCUCCGCCACCCACAAUCACAUGGAAACACAAAAGGGAAAAAAUCCAGUUCGAAAAAGACGUUCGAUUUAAGACUUUGAACAACAACCACCUGCAGAUCAGAGGGAUAAGAAAGGUAGACGAAGGAGUGUACACCUGCGAGGCACGCAUUAUGGCUCGAGGCGAGAUUGACUUCCGUGAUAUCAGAGUUGUAGUGAACGUCGUUCCCACUAUCAGAGUGCGACAAGUCCAAGUAAACGCCACCGCCGACAUAAGCCACUCUGCCAUGCUGGCUUGCGAUGCAGACGGCUUCCCCGAACCCACAAUCACAUGGAUGCGUUCUCCCAGGAGCGAGGUUCUUCUAGAGAGCGGGAACAAGUACAGCUUCAAUGACGACGGCUCAGAGAUCACAAUAAUGGAUGUGAAGAAGUUGGAUGAAGGAGAUUACACCUGCGUCGCCAGGAACAAAGCCGGGACGAGCGAAGAAGAAGUCAGCCUCCAAGUUUUCGUAAAACCCAAAAUCACAUACUUGGAAAACCAGACCACUACGGAAAUGGAGGAGCAGUUCAGGCUGACGUGCGAAGCCACAGGAGACCCGACACCCAGCAUCACCUGGAGCUUUAAGGAGCACAUCUUUCCCGAAGGAGAACAGGAGCAUCUAAAGAGGAUUUAUCAGGCAUCUUGGACUCGACCUGAACAACACAAGAGUGAAGAUGGAAGUGUGGUGGUCCGCAGUGACUUCCGUGUCUCCUCUCUGACACUUAAGUAUGUCGAGUACACCGACGCUGGACAGUAUCUCUGCACAGCCAGCAACCCAGUAGGCCAGAGCUCCCAGUCUACGUUCCUAGAAGUGCGCUACGCGCCAAAAAUCCUGGGCUCAGUGACAGUCUACACGUGGGAGGGGAAUCCUGCCAACAUCAGCUGCGAGAUCCUGGCUCACCCCAGUGAUGUGUCUAUCAUGUGGCUGCGAGAUGGCCUCCAGCUGCCCAACGCUAACUCCACCAACGUCAAAAUCUAUACCACCCCCAAUGCCAGCUACCUGCAGGUUAACCCGGACUCCCAGAACGACUUUGGCAGCUACAACUGCACGGCUUCUAAUGAGAUCGGGACUGAAUCCAAAGAGUUCAUCCUGAUUCAGGCUGAAGUUCCCUCGGCUCCGAGCCUCACUCUGGUGAAACCCUACUCAAGCACGGCUGAGGUACAGUUCGAUGUACCUGAAGCUCUUGGAGGAGUUCCUGUGCUCAAGUACCGUGCCGAGUGGAGAACAGCAGGGAAAAACAAAUGGGUCGAGCGCGUCUAUGAAGUCCGAGAGGUGCUGAGUGCAAUCACAAUCACGGGCUUAAAACCAGACACGAAGUACGAAGUCAAGAUGUCUGCUAUCAACGGCAAGGGAGAAGGCGAGAGCAGCGCUGUAGUCGCCUUCAAGACAGAACCUGUUCGGGAACCAAGUCCCCCAAAAUUGGAAGUAUCCCCACAGUCUAAAGGCAAUGCACUCAAGGUCAUGUGGACCAAGCAGGAUGACGGUGGCUCGCCCAUCACACACUACCUCAUCCGGUACAAAGCUAAAGGGGAUUUGGAAUGGAAAGAUGAGCUCCGUGUCUCAAGCUCAAGUGGACACGUGCUCCUCAGCGGCCUUGACUGGAACACGGAGUAUGACGUGACGGUGGUGGCCGAGAACCAGCAGGGCAAGUCGAAGCCUGGCUCACUUAACUUCCGCACAUCCUCUGAGCCCUCCGCCACACCAGACUACAUGGAAGAUGGCUCAGGCCUGAGUACAGGGCUGAUUGUUGGGAUCCUCAUCCUGGCGUGUGUGGUCCUGUUGUUAGCCGUCGACGCCACCUGCUGCUUUGUCAACAAGUGCGGCUUGCUAAUGUGUCUCUGUGGCAAACCUGGGACCAGUCCAAAGAGCAAAGACGUAGAGACAGGAAAGGCUGCAUUUGUGAAGGAGGACACCAAAGAGACUAGGACUGAGGAUGGGCUCACAGCCAAUCAUGAUGUAGGGGGACACGCUGAGCCGAAUGAGACGACACCCCUAACUGAGCCAGAGCGACAGCCAGAAGUCACAUCUACCGUGGUGGACCUCCCCCUGUCCUUGGCCACCAACUCAGACACAAUCACUGACACGUUUGACUUGAGUCAGUGCAGCCCUGUUAGUGAGAGCACCACUCUCACCUCCAGCCUCACAGCUCCUCCCUCUGAACCCAAAUCUGCCCCUAAAGCCUGCUCCCAGCCCUUAGACACUUCACUGAUCUCAUCUGAUCCUCCUUUAGUCGAUCUGGCUGAUUCCCAGACCAUUAAUCAAUCAGCUGGUCAGAUUAAAUCUGCAGAACUUGACACCCAGGCUUCACCUUCUCUUGCUCUUAGCACAGAGAAAGAAGCCAGAGAUCUGGAGGCAGAGCCAAUGCUUUUAGAAAGUCCAUGUGAGCCCAGAAUGCUUGUCACUAAUCCACAGACCAACGGUGCUCCUCCUUCCUCAGAGGACCUUGUGCUCCAGAUAGAUGGAGAUGCACCACUGACACAUUUCCCACAGGAUGGGUUACACUCUCUGGCUACAGCUGAUCCGUCGGCUCCGCAAAAUGAAAAAAUCCUAGAGGAUGGAGAGAUUAAAGCUGAGGAAGACGAGCUGAAGAAGGUCCAGCCAGAAGCACUGGCAGAACCAAAUGCGAUAUCGCAAACAAACGCCUCCGAGACUAAGGCAUGAUCCGGCAAGCCCAAAGACGAAAGCGACAACGUCACAACGAACACGCAAAUGUUCUUUCUACAGUGCCCUUAAUGAUCUUUUUUUUUUUUUUCUUUCUGAAGCAACAAAGUAUAUCAGAAGCUUGUACAUUUUUAAGACUGAAAUCUGGUGUACAUAAUAUAUGUAUGCCUUUUUCCAUUUUGUGUUCGUUUCUGUUUAAUGAAGUAAAACCUCAACGCGUUUCUGUUGCUCUUUUUCUUGAGUUUGCUGCAAACUACAAGUUCAGUAGGUUUAAAGAGGCUGUUUAUUAAAACCAGGCAUCUUGCAUUCAGGUGAAUCACAGCAUAUAUCCGCUGAUGGUCUAGAUUUUAUUUUAUUUUAUUUACAUAUUUGUUGCAAUGGAAAUGAUUACUCCUAUUUUAUAUCGAAGUCUUCUGAGGGCUACUCUUGUUUGAUUGCAAAUUUUGUUUACAGUCUGUUUUUCUCUUGUUUGUUAACCAGUGUGUUUGUAAAUGUAAUGUAAAAGCCACUAUAUUACAUAAUGCAGUAAAACACAGCGAAUGAGUGGUCUUCUAAUCACCAUUAAAGAUUCAUUUCUAUUCUUUUAUUUCACAUUUACAUGUAUAUUAUUGUUAUUCUUAAUGCUUCUCUGACAGCUGGGAGUUUAAUUUAUUUAGUUUUUUGUUUAGUUUUUUUUCCCCCAAACAUGCUAGUGCAACUUCUGACUUCUGAGAAAUCUGACCGUUUUUAUACCAUGUACCUCCAGGUGAAACGUUUGUAUUACACAGCUGACUGCAAGCUUGUGCACUGUGUUUGUGUAUUCUGUACGUUUUUUUGAGAAUAUCUGCCUAGCUUAAUGGUAAAAGGUAGCUGAAUUUACUUUGAUAUAACAUUAUGUAAAUGGAUAGCUGACAUAUGUCUGUGUAAAUGAGGACCAGUACCAAACUCCUUUCAUUCAAAGUGUUCUUUAUUCUCCACCGUCAAUUGCAUGAGUGUGCUUUGCCCAUCACUGAUGUUCCAGGAAAAAGUGUAGGGCACAGAUGGCAGAUUUGAUCUACUGUAUAUGUGCAUGCCCAGAGCUGUGUGUAGGUUGAUUUUUGGUGUUCAGCGUGCUAUAUAUUUCCAUCUAACAGCAAAUAUCCAGCCUCUGGGUUACAAAUAACAACAGUGUAACUAUCUGUGCUCAAGGUAUCGUUUAUCAUUAUUAUUUUUAUUAUUAUUUUCCCCACUUUCAAUAUAUUCAAAGGCAGUCUAACCAAACAGUGUACCUUGUAUUUUUGAGAUGGAUUCUUUUGAAGAAGUAACGUGAGACAGUGAGUAAAACUGUGCUUUUACCUGUUAAGCAUCAAAAACAUGUUAUAAGUUGUGUUGUUCUAACACAUUUUGAUUAAACUAAUCAAAACGCAAGUCUA